GAAGGGGUGGGAAUCUGAGGAGGAGACUAUAUUUUUAUUAUUAUUUUUAAUUUUUUAAACAUUAUUUUCACCGUACAACGAGGACGCUCGGAAUUCACCGGCCUGACGGCUCCCGAGAGGGACCCGGGAAUUGUGCGGUCGCUUUUCUUCACCUGCUCUUUUUUUUUUUCUUUGUUUUGUUUUGUUUGUUUGUUUUGAUUGGGGGCUUUUUAUUUUUUAUUACUCUCCUUAUCCGUUUCCCGCUGAGCAGCGGCGGCGGCAGCAGCAGCAAUAUGGCUGGUGAUGGGUUUUUUGGGGGGCGCUGGCGGCGGGAGGAGCUCUCGGAAGCCCCUGCGCGCCCGGCUCGCUGUUAGCUAUGGCAAAUGGCAGCGGCGGCGGCUCCUACCCGGGCGGCAGCGGCGGCGGCGGCGGCAUUAGAAUGAGUAACAAUAUCAACGCCAACAAUCUCAACACAGACUCGUCCUCCUCCCCCGUCAAUGUGCCCAAGAUGGAUGCGCUCAUCAUCCCGGUGACCAUGGAGGUGCCCUGCGAUAGCCGCGGACAGCGCAUGUGGUGGGCUUUCCUCGCCUCAUCCAUGGUUACUUUCUUUGGGGGACUAUUUAUCAUCCUGCUGUGGAGGACCCUCAAGUACCUGUGGACUGUCUGCUGCCACUGCGGGGUCAAAAACAAGGAGGCCCAGAAGAUCAAUGGUGGUGGAGACACACAGGCAGAUGGAGCCUGCAAACCAACAGAUGAAAAAGAGGAGAAUGUGGCAGCAGAAGUGGGAUGGAUGACGUCUGUGAAGGAUUGGGCAGGAGUCAUGAUAUCUGCCCAGACAUUAACUGGCAGAGUACUUGUUGUCUUAGUCUUCGCUCUUAGUAUUGGUGCUCUUGUAAUAUACUUCAUAGAUUCAUCAAACCCAAUAGAAUCCUGCCAGAAUUUCUACAAAGAUUUCACAUUACAGAUCGACAUGGCUUUCAAUGUGUUCUUCCUACUCUACUUCGGCUUGCGUUUUAUAGCAGCCAAUGACAAGCUAUGGUUUUGGCUAGAAGUUAACUCAGUGGUAGAUUUCUUCACGGUCCCUCCAGUGUUUGUGUCAGUAUAUUUAAACAGAAGUUGGCUUGGUUUAAGAUUUUUAAGAGCCCUUAGACUGAUACAGUUUUCAGAAAUUUUGCAGUUUCUGAAUAUACUUAAAACAAGUAAUUCCAUCAAGCUAGUGAAUCUGUGCUCUAUAUUUAUCAGCACGUGGCUGACAGCAGCUGGGUUCAUACAUUUGGUGGAGAACUCAGGGGAUCCAUGGGAAAACUUCCAAAAUAAUCAACCGCUAACAUAUUGGGAAUGUGUUUAUUUACUGAUGGUUACAAUGUCCACUGUUGGCUAUGGAGAUGUUUAUGCAAAAACAACCCUUGGUCGCCUUUUCAUGGUCUUCUUCAUUCUUGGGGGAUUGGCCAUGUUUGCCAGCUACGUCCCUGAAAUCAUAGAGUUAAUAGGAAACCGCAAGAAAUAUGGUGGUUCCUAUAGUGCGGUUAGUGGAAGAAAGCACAUAGUUGUCUGUGGUCACAUAACACUUGAAAGCGUGUCCAACUUCCUGAAGGACUUCCUGCACAAGGAUAGGGAUGAUGUCAACGUAGAAAUCGUCUUUCUGCAUAAUAUCUCCCCUAACCUUGAGCUGGAAGCUCUUUUUAAACGACACUUCACUCAGGUGGAAUUUUAUCAGGGUUCAGUCCUUAAUCCCCAUGACCUGGCGAGAGUGAAGAUAGAGUCAGCAGAUGCGUGCCUAAUCCUUGCCAAUAAAUACUGCGCUGACCCAGAUGCUGAAGAUGCCUCCAAUAUUAUGAGAGUUAUUUCAAUAAAGAAUUAUCAUCCGAAGAUAAGAAUUAUCACUCAGAUGUUGCAGUAUCACAAUAAGGCCCAUCUGCUAAAUAUCCCAAGCUGGAACUGGAAAGAAGGGGAUGAUGCAAUCUGUCUUGCUGAGCUCAAGCUGGGUUUCAUAGCCCAGAGCUGCCUGGCACCAGGCCUUUCAACAAUGUUAGCCAACCUCUUCUCUAUGAGGUCAUUCAUAAAGAUUGAGGAGGAUACGUGGCAGAAAUACUACCUGGAAGGAGUUGCAAAUGAAAUGUAUACAGAAUAUCUGUCUAGUGCCUUUGUGGGUUUGUCCUUCCCUGCAGUUUGUGAACUGGUGUUUGCGAAACUAAAGCUCUUAAUGAUAGCCAUAGAAUACAAGUCGGAAAAACGCGAAAGCAGAAGCCGAAAGCGUAUAUUAAUCAAUCCUGGAAACCACGUCAAGAUUCAAGAAGGUACCUUAGGAUUCUUCAUUGCAAGUGAUGCCAAAGAAGUAAAAAGGGCAUAUUUUUACUGCAAGGCCUGUCAUGAUGACAUCACAGAUCCCAAACGGAUAAAAAAAUGUGGCUGCAAACGGCAAGUAAAGAAUGCAGCUAGAUCAAGUUACCCAAAAUGCUCAUAUCAAUUCAAGAAUGCAACUACUAAUGCAUUGGUUGAUGCCAAGUCCACUGAAGGAAUCCCGGAACCUGUUCCACUUGUUAAUAACCGUAAAGGGAGCCUCUUCCUACCCAACAACCCCUCGCUGCUGCACCUUAACUUACUGAGUUCUGUCGAACAAGGAAAAUCUACGUACUGUAGAUUGCAAAGGGCACUCAGCUUACCUGUAAAAUACCGCUGCCACUCCCAAAAGCCUGGGUUGAACCAAGAUCUCCUUGAAGAUGAGCAGCCGUCGACACUAUCACCCAAAAAAAAGCAGCGAAACGGAGGCAUGAGAAAUUCACCCAACUCCUCACCCAAGCUGAUGAGGCAUGACCCCUUGUUAAUUCCUGGCAACGAGCAGAUUGACAAUAUGGAUGCCAACGUGAAAAAAUAUGACUCUACAGGGAUGUUUCAUUGGUGUCCAGCCAAGGACAUUGAAAAGGUCAUUUUGACUCGAAGUGAAGCAGCGAUGACAGUUUUAAGUGGGCAUGUAGUCGUUUGCAUAUUUGGGGAUGUUAAAUCUGCUUUGAUUGGAUUAAGAAAUUUAGUGAUGCCAUUACGAGCCAGCAACUUUCACUACCAUGAACUCAAGCACAUUGUGUUUGUGGGUUCACUUGAAUACCUGAGAAGGGAAUGGGAGACACUGCAUAACUUCCCCAAGGUUUCAAUCUUGCCUGGUACGCCAUUAAGUCGGGCUGAUUUAAGGGCUGUCAACAUCAACCUCUGCGACAUGUGCGUUAUCCUGUCAGCCAAUCAGAAUAAUAUUGAUGAUGCUUCGCUGCAGGACAAGGAAUGCAUCUUGGCGUCACUCAACAUCAAAUCUAUGCAGUUUGAUGACAGCAUUGGGGUCUUGCAGGCUAAUUCCCAAGGCUUUACACCCCCUGGAAUGGAUAGGUCAUCUCCAGACAACAGUCCAGUCCAUGGCCUGUUACGUCAACCCUCCAUUACAACAGGAGCCAACAUCCCUAUUAUUACAGAGCUAGCUAAGCCUGGCAAACUUCUGCCUUUGGUUUCAAUCAGUCAGGAAAAAAACAGUGGAACCCACAUUCUUAUGAUAACUGAACUGGUAAAUGAUUCAAAUGUUCAGUUCUUGGACCAAGAUGAUGAUGAUGAUCCAGACACAGAACUGUAUCUCACGCAGCCCUUUGCGUGUGGAACCGCGUUUGCUGUCAGUGUACUGGACUCUCUCAUGAGCGCAACAUACUUCAAUGACAAUAUCCUCACACUGAUACGGACAUUGGUAACAGGAGGAGCCACACCAGAGCUGGAAGCACUGAUUGCUGAGGAAAAUGCAUUGAGAGGAGGUUACAGCACGCCCCAGACACUUGCAAACAGGGACAGGUGUCGAGUUGCUCAGUUGGCUUUGUAUGAUGGGCCGUUUGCAGACCUAGGGGAUGGAGGUUGUUAUGGAGAUCUAUUUUGUAAAGCACUGAAAACAUACAAUAUGCUUUGCUUUGGAAUUUAUCGAUUAAGGGAUGCACAUCUAAGUACUCCCAGCCAGUGCACUAAACGUUAUGUUAUCACAAACCCACCGUAUGAAUUUGAGCUUGUGCCGACAGACUUGAUCUUCUGUUUGAUGCAAUUUGACCACAACGCUGGCCAGUCCCGAGCCAGUCUUUCUCAUUCCUCCCAUUCCUCCUAUUCUUCCAGCAAGAAGAGCUCAUCAGUUCACUCUAUCCCAUCAACAGCAAAUCGACCGAACCGCACCAAGACCAGGGAUUCCCGGGAAAAACAGAAUGCAACAAGGAUGAAUAGAAUGGGCCAAGCAGAAAAGAAAUGGUUUACAGAUGAGCCGGAUAAUGCCUAUCCCAGAAACAUUCAAAUCAAGCCCAUGAGCACUCACAUGGCCAAUCAGAUCAAUCAAUAUAAAUCAACAAGCAGCUUGAUACCACCAAUCCGAGAAGUUGAAGAUGAAUGUUGACUCCUUCGAGGCCAGAACUAUUUUUUUAAAGCCUGACAAACUUCAUGAAUGGUGAUGUGACAUUUAUUCCUCUUACAUGCUGAACCACUGAUGGAGAAGUUAAGAAGGGCAAGCUUAAUGGGAAACUGAAGUAGACAGAUCUUUGUUUGUCUGCCUUUAAUAUUGCUUCCACGUAUUUUGGAAACUAUUUCAUUUAUAAAUGAACAUAAUCAAAGCUAGUCAUGUAUAGCCUCUAGCGUUUUAAAUUAUUUUUAUUUAUUAGAAAAAAAUAUAUUUUUUUCUUUUUUUUCAUUGUCAAGUAUUUUCCCUUAAAAAACCCUGCAUGUGUGGCCAGACUCCUAAGAAUUAAAAAAAAAAAAAAAAACAAGCAAGAAACCCCCAGUCUUUGGCUUAAAGGAGAAUGAUGGUCACAGUUAUAAGGAUGUGUAAUUAGGGAAGACAAAUGAUAUAUUUACAAAAAGGGAAAAAAAAGGUCCAAUUUGUAUUUUAGUAAAUCAAAAAAAAAAACCAAAAAAAAACCAAAAAAAAGAAAAACCCACCCUGCAACAAUUCACAAAAAUGUUUCUUUACUGGAAGAUGUGUAUUUUGUUCAGCAUCAACACCAGCUCUUAAUAAACUGAACUUAUUUAUUUUCAAAGUUGAAAGUCAUAUUUUUGUACAUGUAACAUUCUUUUGAAAUGUCCUUUGUUUUAUUAACAUACAUAGAUCAUCUUAAUUGCCAGUUAUGUGAGGGUCCAAUAACCCCCCACACACUGCGCCCUGCCCUGUCUCACGUGCACACACACACACAGAGGAACCCAGCAUCCUCAGUAACUCUCUGUAACACUGGCAUAGGGAAUGUCCCUGCCCUGAACCAAGGGCCCUGUAGAUAAGGUGCACUUGCUAUAAAUGGCAAAUCUGGCAAUUUUGCUUCACUUCCCAUUAGCCAUCAGCAGUUGCUAAUUUCAGGAAGGCAGGUUUGGCAAUUCUUCUUUUGCCAUGUAUUGCGGUGCUUUCAUCCAGACUACAUAAAAUAGCGCAUGGAAGCGUAAGUUAUAAACUGUCUCAUCUACCAUAUUUUGUUACUUCUUUACUUCAAAAGUGCUGAUGGCCUUUCAUUGGUCUGAUUUGGUUCAAAUGCUUCCUGAUACAUAUAGAGAUUUAGCUCCAGCUCCUUGCACUUUGGUGAUAGCUCAUACCUUACUAAAGGACACACUGAAUCUCCUUUUGGGGAAUUCAGAUCAGGAUAAAAACUGGUUUAGCCUCAGCUCUAUAAUCGUGCAACAUGCUGUCCUCAGUUAAUUCUUGCACCAAGCAACAUCUUACUUUAGCAGUUGAUUUUUUUGGUUUUGUCUUGGUUUUAUCCCUCUAAUUUAUUUUCACUUUGCUGGGACACCACACAUAAAAGUACAGUAAUAACCAAAUCAAAAUAAUAAAAAUAAUGAAUGUAUUUAUUAUGAUAACAUGCAAAAGGCCUUUGAUGGGUGCCUUUUGUGUCAGCAGUUUCACAAAGUUGCCAACAAGCUUUAUAGCCAUCAGACAAAAAUGUGAUGUUUCAUAUCUGUGCUGCAGUACCUAUCCACCCAAGCAUUUAUGUUCUAAAUGAUUUAGUAACUCUCUCUAUCUCAAAGAAGCAACAUCUGACACAAUUGUAUGAAGAAAAACAAAAAGAAAAGGCUGUGCUGAUAAGGAAACAAAAACCAAAAACCCAAAACAGAGUCAUCAGGAAAGGCAGAUUUUCAUUGUGCAAGUUAACUUUAGGCUUUGUAAUUUUGCAGAAUUGUUAAACACCACAAUAAAACAUACUGUGGUAUUUUUAUCAGUAGAGAAAUAUCAGUGAAUCAAACAAAUACAAAGCAGAUGAUGAAUUUAUUGUGAAAACAAUGAUGUCCACUAUAUAAUCCAACAUUUAAGCCAAUCUAUUCAGCUUUAAUGUUUGUCCACUGGCUGCAGUACAAGUAUAACCAUACUAACACCUAAUAGGCUUUAUUCUGGAGUGACUUCUUGGACUGUGACUAUUUUGUUGUUACAUUUGUAGAAUAGCUAUUUAAAGACAAUAACAAGAAUUGUUAAUACAGUAUCUGUAAAAUUGGAUUGUUUAAAAUAUUUCACUCUCCUACAAAGUAAAAAAACAGUUCAAGCAGUUUUUCAUAGUUAUUUAGACCAUGUUUAACACAUUUCACAGUCCCCAAAAGAGAAGAUAAUUCCAGUGAGUUCUUCCGAUCUAUGCUGCGUCAGCUAGUGACACAUUAUAAUUUACAUCCAGUUUCUGCGUUGGGUCACGUUAAGCCUUUUCUUUGAAGUCAGUGCUCCUUUUUCAUUUAUGAACUCCAUAUUAUAACCAGAAUGGAAAAGCUGGUUCUGAGUACAGGAGAAUUUUAGAAAUUUGUGCUCAACCUCACCAAGUACAUGUGAAUUCUUUUUUUUUUCUUAGAAGACUGGUAUUUAAUGUAGAGGCAUAGAAUAUUAUAUCUUAUACUUUAUCAUACACAGUGCCAUUUCUGAGUGUCUUUCCUUCAGAAGUGAGCAUUCCCUGAAUAAAACAUACUAGUGAAAGAAAUACGACACUCCUGCAUAGCUAAAGGGGGUGUGUGUGUGUGUUUCUCUGUCCAGUUUAACUGUCACACCCAAAAAUACCACGCUACCAACUGUAUAUAAAUAAAGGACAAGAUCUGAACACACUCACGCACUCUCCUGGCACAGACAGUUCCAUAUGUAGUGAUAGAUAGAACACCACCUGUAGAGAGCAAACAAGACACAGAGAAACAGGUAGAGUUAUGACUUUACAUUUCCCAUUUACAGAAAAGCUAAAAACAAUAGUCUUUUCUUACUCCUAUGUUUGAUGAUCAAAGAUGUAGGAUUAACUUCUGACAAUUAGAUGGAAGAACAUGUAGAAAACCUGUUGGGGAUCUUUGAUAUUCAGCCAUUCAAAACUACAAUAAGGCCAGCACCAAUAUGUGGAUAUAUGAAGUUACAUUAAAGCUGGGAAAAGGCUGGGAAAGGGGCCUAAGUGACAACUGACAGACCACAUGAUGACUGAUGUAGAAAUAAGUUCUUGAUCUUUAUUAAUAAUUCUUACUCCUUUCUGAAAAGGCAAAAAGAAAAGGGCAGGGGGGAGGAAUUUCAGCUUUUUCAAUAAUUGCAUGCACUAUUGAUACAGGCUAUACAAUUGUUUUUUGGUAACUCAUGUAUUGGAUAGAUAGUGUGUCCCUGUGUGUGUGUGUGUUUGCAUAUAUGCAUGUCCACACAUACACAUAUAUGUAGACAUACACACAUAUAUAUAUGGGGGUAUAUAUGUAUUUGACUGAGUCAUCGUAAGGGGUUCGACAUCAUUUUUAUUGUCCAUGCAUUGGGGUGAAGAAAGACACAAAAAGAAGAAAAUAUGGGGCUAAUAGAGUAGCACAUGGAGGAGUUGUAUCUGCUGUUUCCUCCUGGUUUGACCAAAAAGCAGCCAUUCCUGUUAGCUUUAUGAGGGAUGCACUGUAAGUACACUGCAGGCACACACACCCCCUCCACUGCUGCAGCAGGCGUGUGCUCCUCGCACCCAUGCACUUGCAAGCUCCCACGUUGCCAGAAAGUCUGCUGUCUCUCUCUGUUUCAUGGCUGUUAUUUUAAUUUGUCCCCAUGAAACACUAAGAUGAAAGGAUAAAACUGUCCUCUAAUACAUUUGGUGGCAAGUGCCAAGCACAGCAAAAGUUAAGCUAUAAAGAAGAUAUUCAUAGUCUAAAUACAAUUUUUUAAGGCCUCUAUCUGAUUGUCUUACUGCUGUAAGAAAUGUAAACAUUUCCUCGUAGUUUUUGAAAAUGUACUAAAACUGUCACUUCCAUGUUAACAGCUUAUCUUUCAAAUCAGCAUCAAUGGCCAAACAGUAGGAAAUACAUGUGACAGAAAGUACAGACCCCUUGAUCUGGGCCAGGCAUGGUCACUUGGAUAUGAAAAGACUUAAUUGGCCUCAGCAAACGUGGAAAAGGGCAAAUGUAGUUUGCAUGCACUGCACAAGGGACACUACAAAUUAUUUUGGUUGUUGGGUGGUGGUGAGUAUUAUUGUUGGAUAUUUUUGGCCUCUAUAAGGAAGAUUUCUCAUUUCUUGAUCUCUUCAUAUAGCAGGAGAAGGAGAAAGUGCAAUAGUGUGUUCUCAUUCAGGGAGGACUGGUUUUGUUGGGGUGUGGGUGUGAAUGUGUGUGUUUGUGUGUAAACUACAUCUAACGUCUACUGCAAUAACUGGGUGCAUAAACUAAUGCAUGACAAAAAAAAGCAAUAAUUUACAAAUGGGUUAUUGUUCAUGUUAUCACUACUUGAUCACUCAGCAGCCAAUUCAUAAUCAUGUUAGCACCUGCCCUGGUCUAGCUGACUCACAUGGCUCAAGCUCAAACACUGAGCAGGUGCUUAAAUUAUUUUAUCAAGAAGUGAAUUCCUAAGGGCUCCUGGAUCCCAAUGUAUUUGAAAUGAACACAAAUUGAGGUCGGGGUGUGUGUGUAUGUGUGGUUGUUUUUUUUUUUACAACUGUUAUCAUUGUGAAUUCCUUUAGCACCAAAAGAAGUGUGUAUCUCACCUUUCAUUUCUAGUUUUAAAUGUGCUUAAACGAAAUAACCAAGUGUGUGAAAGGCGAUGAACAAGACAAAGUGAAAACAGAAAUCCGUUCCCUGUGUUACAGUGGUUUAGUCUGGGAAUAUCUGUCAAAAUCAAUGGCAAAUGCAUAAAAAAAUUCAGAGGAAAGGAGAGCUCUCUAUAUUAUUUCUGUUGCUUUCCAUUCUGUGCCAUCUGAACCACCAAAAUCCCCAACAUACAAACAAUCACCUUUUUAAUUUAGUUUUUUUUUUUUAAUUCUAAAGAUCCUUGAACAAUCACAGCCUUAAGGGAAAGUUUUUUUAAAAACUCAUUAUAUAUGCACACCAAGUAUUCUAAUAUUCCAUUAGUAGGCCUAAUAUUUGUAGUACUUUUAUCCUGAGCAAUAGUAGUGGGUGUGGGUUACAGCCCCCAUCUGAAAUAAUGAAAGGAAUGGAGUAGCUGUUCCACUGUGGUCGCUGCCUAGGAAGGUACAUAGGCCUAUAGUACUGAUAAGUCUGUCCCAGCGUUUAUCAAAGCUAUAUUUAUACAAGUAAUGUAUCUUCUUCUGCACAGAUUUUCCCUGCUAUAGAACAUGCAGCUACAUUGAAACUGUAUAGUCUCUGUGCAGUAGUCUAUAUAACCAAGUAAUUCACUGAAGUGAAUAGCUAGGACUGCUGGUCUAAUUUAUCUGUUCUAUACAAUGGUGUGUUACUGUUAACUGUCAAAAUGAGAAGGGGUAAGGAAAAUGAAGAAAAUAUAAAAUAUAAGGUGUUUCUUUUAUUAUUUUGGGUCUAAUUUAGAACAAUAAGUAAGAAGCUAAACACAGUAAUGCUGCAUCUAACUAGAACCUUAAUGAGAUUGAAAGAGGGCUUCUUACCGCUUCAGUCAAUGUAUCUUAGAGGAGAUCUCUAUAACUUAAAAGAAAAAAAAACACAAAAAAACAACCCAGAACACAGCAUAUAGGCAGUUGAAUACCUGUAAUAGAAAACAUAGAUUUUUCCAGAAACAAAAAAUGUUUUGUUGACUCGACAAUAACUAACAGGAGCCACAUUAGAGUGCAAGCAGAAGUUAUCUCAAACAGUUAAGAAAUGCUGCUUCUGCCAUGGUAUAGCUUGGAACACAUGAGCUUAGCCAAUGCAAAUAACCUAACUUCUGGAAAAAAAAAAAAUUGAUAUAACUCUAACUUUCACAUUUCUGUAGAGUUCAAGACUGAUGAAGUAAUUUUCUUCCUUCAGGAAAACACACACACGUAAACACAUAUAUACAAUAUAUUUUGAUUGUUUCAUAUGUCUAGUUAUAAUUUGAGAGUGACGAUGCAAGGAGGUACAUUGAGAACCAGCUACCAUUUUAAGGUAAAAGUUCAUCAAGAAAAAGGAGUAUGACUUCAUCAUUUUACUUUUACCAUUAUGGGUUGGUGAGAGAGAACAAAUGCUGGUGCUCAGAAAUGAUCUACCUGACUUUGUCAUAUGUAAUAUCCAGUGAUAAAAAUAUUGUCCUGUAAAAAGGGUUUGUACAUAACUUGUACAUGGUUUCAUUUUGUAUUUUUCUCAGAUUAAAAUUUAUGUAUUUGUGUUCUAAAA